UUCUUGUCUUUCUCAGCCUUACCAGCUGGAGAACUCUGGGACAGAAUGCAAUAAAAUAUAUAAAAAUUAUGGCCCUUAAAGCUGCCUAACUAUUUCUCUUUUUUCAGUACUAUUUAUACUAUUUAUAGUCACUUUUCUUGUUUCCUUUAGAGUUUGAUCUCUUUAAAGUUUGAUCCCUUCUUCUUAAAUCACAUCAGAAUUUCCUACUUCCUUUUCUCACCGCUGCCAGAAAACAUUGCCUUUUUCUGGUCUUUCUGGGCCCAUUUUUCAUUCUUGCUUCCACUUGAACAACUAUUCAUACUUUCUUAGAUCAUCGAGAUCUUUGUUGCAUCCAAGCAGAAAUGGGGCUUCAGCUUUGACAGGUGUCUUUUUAGCUCAGCACUGACAUCUUUUCUUAGGCUGCAACUUCCUGCAGGAUCUAUUUGAGACGUUUCCGAACGCAUAAAUUACGUUGGCACGCACAAAGAAGAACAACAGAAAUGUUAAUUACUGCCACUUUCCAAUUGCUGAGUCUCUCCUUAAUGGGUUGAGCAAGUUUUGUCUGGUGUGCUUUUUUCUUUUCUUUCUUCCUCUUUUUUUUUCUUUUUCUCCAGAUAAAUUAUCAAACGACUUCAACAUUUGGCGAUGGUGCGCUCGGAAUAAUGAGAGCUUGUUUUUCACGUUGUUGCUCUUCAUGCAGAUCCUUUUUCUGAAGGCACGCUAAGGGAGCUGACAAAAAACGCAAUAUGAUUUAUAAGCCCAAAAUACUUUCUGCCAUGCUUAAAGAUGUUUUUGCCAAAAGCGCUGUUCUUGUCAUAUCCCAUAAAAAGCAUGAAGGUGGUGGUGUGGGGAGAUGGGAUGGGGACGUUUGCGGAUCGCCCGCAAGGUGCCAUGUGCUGCCAUCCAUGGACGUUUGGCGUAGGUUUCGCAUCGCUGCACAAUUUGAUGGCAUCUCAGAUCUGCCCCGUGCUGGGAAAUGGGACCAUCAGUGCCGGGUAAGGAAACUCGUGCUGUCUCUGCCCACAUCAUCUCCGUGUACUUCAACCGGGAAAAGGAAUAUAAAUAUAGAGAUGAUGAUUUAGACUUCAAAAUGCUGACGACGGUGACGAUGACGCAGCUGAGAGUUCCUGUCUGAGGUAGGAUUGAAAAUGUGACUUUAAAGCUAAUUCCUACUUCUGGCACAGGAGAUGAGGCAGCAGCUCCAUCCCUUUAGCUGUGACAGUGACACGGCUGGCCAUGAUGGCACAGAAGUUCUCUGAAGUUGUGCAGCCACCUGGACCUGCGGUGCCCAUCGCUGCUUGACCGUAAAUCCUCCGCCAGACUGGAUGUGGCUCUGGGCAGCCCGGUCUGGUGGUUGGCAACUCUGCCCAUGGCAGGAGGGGGGUUGAAACUAGAUGAUCUUUGAGGUCCUUUUCAACCCAGGCCAUUCUGUGAUUCUGUGAUCUCCUCAUGUAGUUCACCACCCCAUGCUCUCUGCACACCUCCUUGCUGGUGAGCAUCUGGUCACACAAAGCCCACAGAUCAAAACACUUUUGAGGAGUGGGAGACUGUAAAGCCUUUUUGAUUUUUCUCCUCAUAGAUCAAACGUGCAUGUCAGAAGGUGCACUGCUUACCUGCUGCUAACAUGGGCUUGGUCACAAUGGAAUUGCAUGGACAAUAACGUUUUAAAGAGGAGUCGUGAAUCUUUUAAGCAGGGGUUGCAGUGCCGUGGCUCAACAUGAAGCCUCUCGCUCUGCAGUUUGCUCCAGCAGAGAUGGGAACUUGCCUCCCAGGCCUUACCCCACAAAGUGUCAGCAUGGGACGUGCUGCUGCUGGGACACAACCAGAUUUAAAGGGGUUAGAAACACAGCAGGCAGCUGCCCAGAUUAUCCUAGUGUGACCUGUGGCAACCUUCUAUGCCUCCAUAGACAAAAUCUGCUCCAAGAUACAGGCAAUGGCUUCACUUGCAUCCCCACAAGGGACACAGCACAAGGUGUGAGCCCAGCAAUAACCAACGAAGGAACAAAACCUGCUUUCUGUACUCUGUUUUUCCUCCAUCUUUGUGCCUUGCUGGGUUUUUCUGUUAUCACAGAGUCAGAAAUAUAUUUGCAGUCUGUGAGUACCAUUAAUUUCCAUUUUGCACUUUGCUGUGAUCUCAAAGCAAACCACCCUGGCUCUUCAAUUUUUUGAUGCUCUGGAAAGCCAGGGAAGCUUUGAGCUUGGAGCACAAUUUCCCAGCUGCAUUCCUCAAACAAGGCCAUACCGUGGUUUGUCUGUGGCCAUCCUAGAGGGGAAUGAGAAGCUUUGGCACCUUGCCCUGGUUCAGACUACUAACCCAAUCUAGUUUUACAAUGUUCAGGGUUGUAUUAAUGGGCCAGGUACGCUUUCACUUUUAUUAUUUUGAUCCCUUAGCAGAGGCGUGAAGUGCCAGCUUAAACGCUUCAGAUUUAUUAUUGUGAUGGAGGAGAGAAAUAUCAGCUUCUUAUAGGCCUAUUAAUCUCAUUAAUUAUGCAAGCUUGAUGGAUUUACCUGGAAGCUUUGCACUGUGUUUCAUGAGUUUUUUGGAGAGAAGCAGAAGGAGAACAACUAGAUGCAAUACACUAUCCUGUUAAUAGGUCAACAGAUGAUUGUUGUUGGCCUUGCAGGAAGUAGAAGCUAUUGCUGCUAAUUUACUCUCACGAAAUGCAAAUUUUAAGGAUGCUGAAAAUGUAUCAUGUUUCUUAAUGAUUCAUACGACCUAUGAUAGCUAUUGGUGAACCUUACCUGGGGACAAGGCUUCAGGCUGAGUGCUUUGCAGACGAAGUGGAAGAUGGAAAUGUCAAUUGCCACUUGUUCUGUUAAACCUGAUUCAUCGAAACCUGAAGUGGGACUAUCUUGAAUGUUUCUAAAUUUCCACAUAUGCUUUAUGCAUGCAAAUCACAGCUGUGGUGCAUUACGCUGCACCCAGAAUACCUGGAAAAAAAAUAAACUCAAAGUUAGGUGCAAGCGUGAGACGUUUUUAGUGGAAAUCCCAAACUUUACUUCCCUUUUCCCUAUGAGAGAGUCAGAUCCUAAGGGCAGGAGUCAGUGUCUGGUGAACUUCCCUGGCUUUUAGGUAGAACUGGAAGCAGAAAACAGCGUAAGGAAUUUUGCUGAAAGAGUUUCUUCUUGUGAGCAUUUAUCAUGUGGGCACAAAUAAAUAAAUACAUGCUUACAAAUCCUCAGGUUAACCAUAGAUUUCUUCCUCCUUCUCAGCUCAGAUGUGAUUGAUUUGUUUUGUGAAGGAAAUUUGCUGCCCUGUGAGCAUCUUUCCCACCCUGCAUGUGGAACACCCUUAAUGAGCAUAUUUGAUUGCUGUUUGUUUUGGUUUUUUUUCUCCUUCCUUCAGCAGCUCACACAAGAACAGCCUUCCUCCACUGUCUGAAAUCUCAGUAACCUGUAGCUGUGCCCCAGGAACCACAACGCAGCCUCCUUGGGAGCCCCUGGGAGCUGCUGGAUUGCCCCACUUGGUUGUCCUUCUGUUACCUCCUCCUGCUGAAGGAGCCUAUGGACCUCAUGUCCCAAGCUUGUCAGGUAGAAAUGUGACCAAACCCACUGUUUUAUAGAUAUGUGAUAAAGGAGGGCAUACAGGGUACAAACUCAGUAAUGCACCAAAGGUCACCCAGCGAUACCUGAGGUACAGCUCCACAGCGAACCUAGAAAUCCUAAACUUUAAUCACAAGCUAUUCUUGUUCCUCCUUUUCAUGACAGUGUUGUGAGAAGGCUAAUUUUGUAUUAAAAUUGAGUUAGAUCGAUGCAGAUACAAUGGAAGUGGAUGCUACAUUUUGCUCUAACGGCAUCCAACGCGGAGAGCUUUUCUUUGCAGCAGGAACGUGGGCUAAUCCGCUUAUCGGUUGGAGUUGGAGGUCCUGUACGAGUUGCACUGAAUGUUCAGUUCAAAUGAAAGGAUUUUCCUGUGUUCCUAAGAGAACACAUACUGAAUGUGCAAAUAGACAAAUGUUCUCCAGAUGGUUUUUACAAAUGGGUUGCUUGCUAUGGUGUUUAAAUCAAGCUAACUUCAUCUUGUGUCUCUGUAGUUCUGUUGGUCAGGAAGAGUCUUUAGGAGUACAUUGAAGUAAUUUUGAGCAAUGGUAAGCACUUUGUUAAAAAGUAAGAAUUAGGAGAUUAUAUCAAGCACUGGUAUGAUCAGUACUGCUAUGUACAGUGAUCAUGAAAAUAAAGUGCAACACAACCUUCGAUCCAAUUAUGACUUUUCCUACAAGAAGUGUCAGAGGCUCUUAAAUGUUUCUUCCAGCUUUAUCUGUAGCCUUUAUUACUUUGUACUUCCUAGAAUUAAAUGCAACUACAUCAGGAAACUGAAUGUUCGAGGUAAAGUUGCUGUAAGUUACAUAAGCUUCAGCCUCCCCAGAGGCUCUUGCAGAGUUCCCAUCUCGAGCCCUUGUACAUUGAUUUUUCAGUGUAUACACCAAAAGGAAUGCAGCACUGGAGGCCGCUGAGUCACUGGCUUGUACCUCUGUACCACUGCAUGAAUGUCAAAAAAAGAUUUCUGGUGUUUUCAUUCGAAGGGAAAAGAAAAUAAUUUCAUUUUUUUCAGCGUUGCCUCAGUGGCGUGGUUUAACAUUCAGGGAACUUGCAGAGCCCAUACUGCUUGAACAGCACUCUGUAGAACUGAACCAACAAAUGCUGCACUACUCUUAAUUUUGUAGCAGUAAAAAACAAUGCUCUUACACAAUAAAUAAUGGUUUGAUGUAAAUCAGUGGAAUUAUUAAUCCUACAGAAGACUUUAUUGGAUAAACUUGACAUAAACUUGACAUCUGUCUGAAUACAAGAGAAGAAAAUAGUGUCCUAAGAACUUCAGUAGUAAGAAGAGCAUUUAAGAUCUGCUAAAAUGAAAAAUUAAAAGCUAAGCAUGUAGAAAAAGGAAAAGAGAGCUACGUAUUUUGUCAUGCAUUGUGAUAGGCAUUGUAUCUUCUUUGAUUAUAACAAGUUUCUUUGAAGAAUAUUUCUACUUAAAAUACACCUCUACUUAUUUUCCCUGGCAGACAGGCUUUAAAGAUCUAAAUACGAUGUACUGGAGGAGGUAAAAAUUCUUGAAGUGUAUUUUUGAAGUCUUUAGACCUUUGACCACAUUUGCUAUGAUGACACAGACUUAACAGUAAACCCACUUGAAAGACAUUUCCAUGGAACACUUUAAACGGAAUCAGUUGGUACUUUCAUAAUGGCAGCUGAAUGUGUGUUCUUGCCAUUUUCCCAUUUAACAAGAAGAAAAGGCCAAACAAGAACCAAUUAGUCACAAUAAAAUCAGCUUUGAUGACAUUUUCACUCCUGAACUCUGGUAUAAAAUGGUCAUCUAAGAAAGAACUGAAAGGAUAUGUGAGGAACUUGGUGGUAUAACUGCAUGUACAUACAUACACACUCCUGAGCAAGAAAUGAUCAGGUAAAGAUGCAGCAAUGUAAUUGCUAUUUGGAGAAGAUAUACUGUUUUUGUGUUUAAACAGACACGUAGAGCCUUGCUUGAUUUUUGUUCCACGUUUUAACUGGUUGUAAUUUGUCUUUGAAGUCUAUGCAGGUUAAACCUUCUUUACAUCCUUUGGAUCUCAGCAGUGUUUGUGUGCUCGGCUUACCCAGUUGGCCCUUCCAUGAGCAGCAAUCCUUUUUAUUUGAAUUGCCAGCUGUAUGGAAAAUCUGAUUACUGCCUGGUGCUGCUGAAUAGCUGCUUAGCCAAGGUGGGCAGGAGCGAAGAGCUGGCUCUCCUAAAGCCUCCCUUCCUGGAGAUGCCUUUCAACAAACGGUCCUUCCGCAAUGGUGUGGGAUCAGGAAUUAAAAAAACUUCCUUUCGAAGAGCAAAGUCCUAAACAAAUGUUCCAAGCCGUACCCUCGGUUUUAGCAUCCCAUGCCCAACUUUGUGCUUAAAAUCACCUUAAUGCUUUUUCCUGCCAAAACCAUCAGACACAAAAUGUCACAUAUCUUCAUCUUGUAAGCAGAUGUUUAUUUCAAAGAGCACAAGCCAAGUGGAGCAGAUGGAAGCGCUCAGAACGGGCUUUGUUUUUGGAGUUACAGUAUCAUAAAGUUUUGUAUGGAAAUGAAUGUUUUCUUUUGGUUAAUUCCCCUUCUUUGUAAAGCUACAGAUUCAAUCAGCUGGCUCCUGAUUAGCACAAAGGCAGCCGUCCUGUCCCAACCCCUCUCGUUGCUGCCAGCUGCUGUGGCAGCGUUCGCACAGAUCCCCAGGGUGUUUAAUUUCUCAUUUCUGAAAGGUGUGAAGGGCCACGGCUGAAACAGAGCCUGGUCCUGCUUGCAGCUUCUGCUUUCUUCGUAAUGUUGUUAUUUAACAUAACUUUUCUGGGAAAUGAUGUCUUUGGGGUGUGUGAUCUCAUUUCCAGAGGAGUCCUGGGAAGUCAUGCUGAGGCAGGGUACCAGCAGCUCCCAUUGCCUCGACCAAUUGACUUGUGUAGGGAACACACGCCUGAUGAAUUGUGUUUCUGCUCAUGGCUGCAGGUGUGGCACAGUAACUAGCAAUGCUCUUAAUUCUCUCUAAAGAAUUUCAUAAAAGAUUCGUUUGGUCUGAAAACGUGUAAGCAUUUUGUGUAGGAAUGGUCAUCUGCUAUGUGAGGUUUCCCUCGUGGCUGUCUCCUCCAAAUGCAAUGUUCCAGGCUGUAACUUUGCUUUGAAAACAUUGAAAGUUAUCUGUGCAGUGCAUUUUGAACUGAAAUUUGAAAUAAUAAUAAAUAAGUACGUGGACCCUUUCUAGUAUUUCCUUAUUAAAUAUCAGGUUGCUGUUCCAUCAGAAUAAGGCUGGGUGGCACAUCAGCCACUGCCAGCAGCUCCACUCCUCCAUUUUGCAGCACGAGCCUGUGGAGCAAAGAGACCUGAGCAUGGAGCAGUGCAAGUGUUGCUUAAUUGUAUAAUCAGAGAAUCACAGAAUGUCUGGGUUGGAAGGGACCUUUGAGUUCACUGAGCCCUACACCCUGCUGUGUUCUGGGUGCCCCCCCAGCUCAGGCUGCCCAGGGCCCAUCCACCCAUGGCCACGGACACAUCCAGAGAUGGGCACCCACAGCUCUGGGCAGCAGUGCCAGCGCCUCAUUGCCCUUUGAGUAAAGGAAUUCUUCCUCACAUCUGACCUACAUGUCCCCUCUUCUAAUUUAAAACCACUCCUCUCUGCCCAUAUCUGUACUGAAGUAGUGAAGCAUCACACAUUUACAACCUGCUUAAGCACUUUGACACCUUUUGCCCUUUCCCAUGCUGGCUGCUGUGAUUUCAGAGGCUGCAAAUGCCCUGCUGGUGUGAACUCCUGACUCCAAGCUCUCACAAGUUCUCCUGGGAAGCAGUAUGGCAAUGCCUUUGGCAGCGUGAACAUGAAAGCAAGGUCUGCAACCAACCUCUGUCGCAUUUGGUGAUUGCCUUUGAGCAGAGGGUGCUCAAAAACGUGGAUUCUCCUGCUGCCCUGUAGCAGCAGUUCUGCUCUCAGUGGUCUACUCUCACCUCACCAGCACUGGUGCUGCCUUCAGCACGAAGUGCUAAACUCCCAUCUGAACUUUAAAGGUGGUUUGAUGUGGUAAGAAACAAGAGAGACCUCAGUGAUCUCUGUCAUUACUCUGAAAAGGCAUUUUGCUGACAUUUUUUUUACUUUUUUCUUUGCUAAACUAAAGAAAGCACAGAGCAGACCAGAGGGCAGGCAGAAUGAUGCUAUGUUUAGGACUGAGUACCAGGCUGAGGAGCUGGAAUGCUUCAUUCCAUCACAGGCAUUGAUAGCUGGGACCUCAGGUGAGCCUCUUCAUUUCUCUUCCAGCUCUCCAGCUGAAACAUAGCAUUGCUAACUAGUCAGAGGGAGUUUUACCCUGCUUUGUUCUAAUAUUUGGAGGCUUGGACUUAAUGGGAGACUAACUCCCACUAAUGGGAGACUUGAACAAUUAGAUCACCUGGUGUAAUAACGUCUAAAUGCCUUGCAGUCCUAGUCCUAGUUGUGCCCACUGUGCUCUAAUUGCAAAGCUACUAUGCACAAUGUUCAUAUUUUCAGUGUGCAUCCUGGAAGUGGGGAGAAGAGGGGCAUGGGCACCUCGAGGGCUGGCACAGGGCUGCUCUGUACCCAGCCUGGGUCUUGCUAAUGAACUAAGCUGGUGUUUGGAGCAGCGGGGAUGGCCAUGGGUCAGACAGGCAGCCGUGCACAUUGGCCACUGCUCCUCUGCCUCCUACAAGUGGUCCGUGCCUUUGAACAAGAUGGCCAAUGUUCUCUACUGGGUGAAAAUGAAAGGAGUAGAUCCAAUAAAAUCUGAAGGUGUAAAAUCUAUCUGAAGACCGAAGGAGGAAUUAACAUUUAUUCUUCUUCACAGAUUAUUGGCAAGAAAGGCAUUUAGAUUAACUGAUGUAAUAGCAUCUAAUUUCCUUGCGAGAUUGAAAAUUAGAUGUUGUAAUGAUAUACCAAUACUUGGCUUUCUGAUUACCAAGCGUAUAUUAAAGUACAUAUAUCCCAUUUAGAUUUCCUAAUUUGCUAUUAUUUGCCUGUAGAUGAUAACUUAUUGCCUUAAAAUACUGGAAAGAAGAACUGUCUUGAUACUUUAGGCCUGGAUAUAGUUUUGACCUUAACAGAGAAUGAGACGGAUAUGAGAGAGUAUAUUAGAUGUUGUUAUUACUGUAAUAAAAUGCAGAUAAAAAUCAUAGUGCAGAAAGACUGUAAGACAACUAUUAAGCAUUUGUCAUAUAAAGAAAAUAAAAACUUAACUUAUCAGAUAUUCUGACACUUUAAAGAUUUGUCAUGAAAAAAUGCUUCCAACAGCAGAGCGUUUAUGCAAUAUGUCAUUGAUGAGCUGUCUGCUUAAGUGUUUAAAGAGUUUGGAGAAAGAUGAGAAAAACGUCAAAGAUGGGCUUUUCAUUAGUUUGACAGAUGAUCUCACUG